AUGUAUCAUGACCCUAAACAGGAUUUGAGGAAUAUUUGCAAGAUCUUUGCUUCUUCAUCACCAGAAGUUCCAGUUAGUUCUUGUGGAGAUGGCUGGGAAAGCCUCAAAAAGAGGAUUAUGAGGUGGGAGGGGGACGUGAGGAGAGAUGCACAUGAGGUGGCAGUUUUCAGCAGCAGUGAUUUGAGAGAGAUUGCUGAUGGCCUUCUUCCUCCACGCUGGAAGAAGCAGGAUGAAAGGUAUGAGAAGAAGCAGAUGGUUGCAAAUGUUGAGAAACAGCUCGAAGAAGCAAGAGAACUGCUUGAGCAGAUGGAACUUGAAGUUCGAGAGAUCCCACCUCAAAGCCGAGGAAUGUACAGCAGUCGAAUGAGAAGCUACAAACAAGAAAUGGGAAAACUUGAAGCUGAUUUCAAAAGGUCACGAAUCGCCUACAGUGAUGAGGUGCGGAAUGAGCUCCUAGGGGAUGACGGGAAUUCCUCAGAGAACCAGUUGAUAAAAUUACGUGAAGAGAGGGCACAUCUGCUCGAUAACACAGAGAGGCUGGAAAGGUCAUCUCGGAGACUAGAGGCUGGAUACCAAAUAGCAGUGGAAACCGAGCAGAUUGGACAGGAGAUGCUGGAAAACCUCAGCCAUGAUAGAGAGAAGAUCCAGCGUGCUCGGGAAAGGCUUAGAGAAACAGAUGCAAACCUGGGGAAGAGUUCCAGGAUUUUGACGGGAAUGUUGCGAAGGUAA